AUGAAUGGAACCCGAUUAGAGGAAUUUGCUCAGGAAUACUCUGUUAAUUGUACACUUUGUGGAACAAUUAUUACUACAGAAUUGGAACAUGAAUGUAUUAUUGGAUACGAUCUAGGACAAAUACAUCCUGAAAUGAUUCCAGAAACUUUAUGUAAUGAAAUAUUUUGGAAUAUACCAGAAGAAGUGCAGCAAAAUGACGAUGCUUGUCUAGCAGCAGUUGAAUUACUAAAACCAACCAAGAACCCUCAAACACAUGAUCAUGUGGAUCAACAGAGUAAAAAUUUGAUCGACAGAAUUCGUCAAAUUAUAGAAAAAUUACCUGAAAUUAGAGAAAAGGCAAAACAAACAAUGAUCGCUGUUAAAAACAAACAGAAGACAGCCUAUGAUAAACAAAUGGUUAAGCCAAAAUCAUUUGACAUUAGACAAAAAGUUUUGUACUAUGAUGCUGCCAAAAUAAAUCAAUUUUCAGGAAAAUUAGAACCAAAAUGGAAAGGACCAUAUAGGAUUUACGAAGUCUUAAUAAACGGAUUUUACAAAAUAAGGGAAAUAGAUAGACGAUUAUUAGCCAGACCU